AUGCCCGUUGACCUGUUAGACGGCCUGAAGCGGUCACGAGCCGGGACCCGAGCAGCAGUCACUCGCACCGUCAAUCGACUAUGUGAACCCCGGACAGGGGAGGUUUCCCUCGAAGAUGUUGAAGUCGACGUCGAGUAUUUAGUGGCGAGGAAGGCUGCGCUGCAAGACUUAGACAGUCAGAUCCUGGCGCUGACCGGCGAAGAGCAGUAUGACCAGGAAGUCCAAGGCAUCCUGGAAUGCGAGCAGCAGCUCAUAGCCGCCAUCACGCGCGCGAGGCGGGUCCUUCGAACGGCAGGACAGCUCACAUCGCCAGUUGCGCCGUCUGCCGCACUGUGCGAUUCCACUCCUAGAGAAUCAACCAGCCGUUCUGUUUCCUUGCCGAAGCUGCAAAUUCCAAAGUUCGGAGGGAAGUUGCAAGACUGGGCCAGGUUCUGGGAACACUUCCAGGCAACGAUCCACAACAACGGUGCGCUAGCUACAGUGGAGAAGUUUAAGUAUCUCCUGUGUUACGUUACCGAUGAGGCCAAGCGCGCCAUUGAUGGGAUCAGCCUUAGUGGAGCGAAUUACCAGAUAGCUGUUGACGCCCUGAAGCAGCGGUUCGGACGAACCGAUCUCCUUGCAGCCGAGCACAUCGACAAGCUGUUGUCGCUCCGCGCAGUGCAAGGUUCUGGGGACGUGACUCAGCUACGUCACUUGUUCGACGAAGUCUCGCGGCACACGAGGGCCCUGGAAUCACUGGAGAUUCCGCAGUCUUGCUAUGAUGUCGUGCUCUAUAGGGUUGUUACUCGCUGCCUUCCACCCGAUCUCUUCGUGCUGUUUCGGCAGAGAAGGAAGGAAUUGGCCUCUCCUAGCGAGAGCGCCCUCCACAGAGUCUACUCGCAUGUCGCCCACUGCCGCGGAGCCGCAGCGCUGCCAGCUGGUGUGCGCACAGACUCCACACGCCCUGAUGGAGCUCCACCAGCACCACCGUCCGAUCUCCCUUCGUGUGCCCUUUGCCACGCGUGCGGUCACCGCACGGCGACUUGUCCAGCGCCGCUCACACCCGAGGGAAAACGGCGAAGCCUCACGUCAGCGCGUCGAUGCUUCCGCUGUGCCAAGCGGAAAUACUUGGCCCGUCAGUGUCGCUCUUCAGCUAGUCUCACGUGUACCAGAUGCCACGGACAACAUCUGACUGUGCUCUGCGACAUACAACCGAAACGCGAAACGCGAGAGCGCACCGCCAGGAGCGUUGGAUCGGCUUCAGCAUCGCCAGCGCAGACACCUGAAAUCCAAGCCACCACCGCGUCAACCUCGUCUACUGUCACAUUUCUGCAGACCGCUGUGGUUCAGGUUGCCGGCCCUGGCGGAUCCGCGUCCGUACGUAUUCUUCUCGACAACGGAAGUCAGAGAACAUUCAUCACCAAGGAACUCGCUCAGCGGCUUCGAUGCCCGGGAUUGGCAUCCGAAAACAUGUCGAUCUUUGCGUUUGGCUCCACGCAACCGUCCACGCAUCGCGCAUACCAGAAGGUGUCCCUGCGUAUCGAUGGCUUACAUCAGUCGUUGGAAGUAGAGGCCAUCGCUAUCCCACAGAUCUGCAGGUCGCUCAGCCCACCUGUGGAUGGCCGGAUCUUGCAAAUGCUACACGAUCGUGGUCUCUCUCCGGUCACAACGACUUGUCUAUCGCAGAACGUCGACGUGCUGGUAGGCACGGACUACUACUGGCGAUUUGUGUCUGGCAGAAUAGAGCGCCUUCCCAACAAUAUCACAGCCGUCGAAACGGUAUUUGGGUGGAUCGUCCAAGGUGUUGCCCCACUGCGUUCCUCGCUACCAGACUAUCCCGCCACCACGUCACUUUUGUGCUGCACGAACGACGCGCCCGAGCAUGAGCUGACCAACCUGUGGCGACUAGAUGCAUUAGGUAUCAUGGAUUCUGACGUAGCUGCUCCCACCGGAGCGGCAGACCUCCAAAUGUUUCAAGAGAACAUCAAGUGGCAGACAGAUCGGUACGAGGUUCCCCUCAUGAUCCAGGCGCCUGGGCUACCACCAGAGGCACACAAUCGGGUAACCGCCGAGACGAGACUCAACGCUCAACUCCGGCGGUUCCGAAUGGCACCCGACGUUCUCAAGCAGUACGACGCCACAAUGCGCGAAUACUUCGUCGAAGGGCAUGCCGAACCAGUCUCUGGCCCAGACCCAACCAGGAACGUAUACUACCUGCCCCACCAUGCCGUUAUACGUAUGGAGGCCGUCACGACCAAGGUCCGCAUAGUCUUCGACGCAUCGUCCCAUGUUCCCGGCCAACCGUCUCUUAAUGAGGUUCUGUCGAAGGGUCCCAACUUAAAAAGCAACCUCCUCCAUCUCCUCAUCACGUUUCGGUCUUCUCCCAUUGUCUUGACCGCCGACAUUCGCAAGGCGUAUCUUCAAAUUCAGAUCCGACCAGAGGACCGAGACGCCCUCCGCUUUCUCUGGGGUCAGGAGCUACCGUCAUCAUCCAACCCCUAUCCUGCGACUCAGGAGUGGAGGAUGACCAGAGUCCCGUUCGGAGCAUCGUCCAGCCCCUUCCUACUCGCGGCAACUCUGCACCAUCACUUCGCGAUACCCAGCCACCGCAGCUCGCCUCCGCACCAGCUUCUAUGUUGA